AUGUUGUCCGACCCAAGUCCUCUCUACCGCAUCUGCCCCAGCCUAAAGCCCGCUCCGACACCAACUCCGACGCCCGCGCCAGCUCUGACGUGUCCGCUUCCCGGCUCGUACCGUGCGACAGGGAUGCGUAUGGACCUUGCCAACUCUGGUGCGUUCACCGAGUCGCACGAUGGCAGCGACAGCACGUGCUCGACGACGGGAACGUAUGCGAUCUCGGGUCCAAUGGCAACGUUCACCGUGUCGACCGUCUCGGGUGUCUGCGGCAGCGCCUUUACGCCCAACGCAAAGCUCUCGGGCCCCAUUUCGCUCUCCACCGACUGCAACCAACUCACACUCAGCUACACGGGCACCACAUCGACGCUGCAGCGAACAUCCAACGCAGAGACCGCGGCCACGAGUGCGAUGCUGCUUCUUGGCGUUUUCCUCGCGUGGGGGGCGCUCUAA